AUGACUUGGUGUGCAAAAAUUUAUGAUAUAUUUAAUGGAUGGAAUGACGCUGAUGAAAAUGAAUUACCAUCCACACCAGCUGCCAAAUCAAUUAAUGGUCUACCAGAAUCAUCAAUAACAUCAAAAGUUACUCGUCUUAGUUCAAUAAAUGAUAGUCCAUAUCUUGAAAGAUCUCAAUCCAUAUCAAGUGUAAACAAUCCAUUGAAUUAUAAUAAACAAAAUUAUGAUCGAUAUUUUUCAUCAUAUGUUGAUGAUGAUAAUUAUCAUCAUCAAGAAGAAAGAUCGUAUGGCAUUGCAACAAUUUCGAACAUGUCACUCAAUCUACCAUCAUCUUAUUUAAAGUAUAUAGGAAGCCAAAACGAACAUAACCAAGAACAACAACUGGCAAGAAGUUAUUCAUUUGAAUUGAAAAGAAAUAAUUUUUUACUACCAUCACCUGACGAUAUUGGCUAUCCAACGUCACAACAAAUGAAUCGACAACGAAAUAAUUUUGAUAAAUCAUUAAGAUCUUCAUCGAUAAAUGCUCUUGUGAAUACUGCUAUGAUAGGUAGUCAAAUUUCGUUAUCAAAUAGAAAGGAAUCAUUGAAUCCAAGAUUAUCAACACGUUCUUCAUAUUCAGUUGCUGAAUAUGAAACAAAUGAUAUACCAUGUAGAAAUAACGAACAAGUUGCACAAACUAUUCAAUACCACAUAAAACAGAUGUUGACAUCGUCACCCAAUAGUAUAUUUCCAAUGGUCUAUCGUUUUCCAUCAAAUGAAAUGUUAAAUUACAAAGAUCCUUAUCGUAUUGAAGGUGGAUAUGAUGAACCAUCACAAUGGAUAAUUCAAACAAAAAUAGCUCCAGUUGAAUGUCGAAUUAUAUCCGAUAAUGUUGCUUCAAUUUAUUCAAAUCAUUUUUAUGAUCAAUAUCAUUAUAAUUUAUUUGGAAUUGAUGAUAAUUCUAAUCCAAUUGUUAUGUCAAUUAAACCAUAUGAUAAUCGUUUAACAAUGAUUGUUCGUACAAAAGAAAUUUCAAAAUGUUUAGAUUUAAUUGAAAAUGAAUCAAAUUCAACUGAUUAUGUUUAUUUAGCAAGACAACUUUUUCCCUGUUUACAAGUUGAUCAUUUUGAAAAUUGUACAAAUUUCAAAGCACAACAAUUUAUAAAAACAUAUGAUGAAAAAUUAGAAACACAUAAAUUUAAAUUUGGUGUCAUUUAUCAAAGACGUGGACAAACAACAGAAGAAGAAUUUUUUAAUAAUGAACGUCAUGGACGAUCAUUAGAUGAAUUCUUAGAUAUCAUUGCAACAAGAGUUUCAUUAAAAAAUUUUAAAGGUUAUCGAGCUGGUCUUGAUGUAAGCGAACAAACAGAUUGUCCAAUAUCUUAUUAUGAAUUAUAUGAUCAUAAAGAAAUUAUGUUUCAUGUUAGUACAUUAUUACCAUUUACACAUUCAGAUACAUCACAAAUUCAACGUAAACGUCAUAUUGGAAAUGAUAUUGUUGCAAUUGUUUUUCAAGAGGAAAAUACACCAUUUCAUCCAACUAUGAUUAAAUCAAAUUUUUUACAUGCUUUUCUUGUUGUACAACCUGUUCAAGUACUGUCAAGAACAUGUUAUAAAAUGACAUUAGUCACUCGUGAUGAUAUUGAAGUAUUUACUCCAAUACUUCAACGAAAUGUUGUGUAUGUUCGUAGUGCUGAACAAUUAAAACCAUUUAUAUUAUCAAAAUUAAUUAAUACUGAAUAUGCAGCAUAUCGCUGUCGAACAUUUUCAUUAUUACAAGAACGUACACGUUGUUCAUAUUUAAAAACUUUAUGUGAAAAUUUAACUGAAAAAUCUUAUGAUUUAUUGUGUGAUGAACAAAAACGUGCUAGUCAUCGUCGUUUAUCUAUAUUAUCAAAUUCAACUAAAAAACGUUAUUUUUCAAAUAUGAAAAAAAUGUUUACACGAACUAAUAGUACACCCGAUGGCCCUCAACAAUCUAGUAAAUCUGAACAACCGAUGAGUGAUAAAGAACGACGAAAAACUGGAAAGAAAUUAUUACGAUUAGGAAAAUCAGAUAGUGGUGAUACUCAUCAACGUUCGUCAAUAACAAUAUCAUUACCUGAUCAAGAAUUAACACAUGACAAUGAUAUGAUUAAUCGACAUAUAACUGUUCGAAGUGAUGAAAGUUUAGAUAGUAGUGGUGAUAUACCAACAUCAGAACAACGCUCAACAACACAUCAUUAUCCUCCACGUUCAGUACACACAUACGUUGGAGAUGAAUCUGAUGAAGGAUUGGAUAGUAUGUCAUCAGCUGAUACAGCUUUUUCUCAUAAUCAUAAUCGUGUGCCAUAUGACAGUGAUGAUCAAGAUGCUUAUCGACAACAACUUCGUGAAAAGUCUCAACCAUCUCAUAUUUCACAUCCAUGGCAUCGUAUAGCCGGACAACGUCAAGCUAAUAUACAAAUUUAUACACCGCAAGUAGCUGGUAUUCAUAUAAGUGAAGCAGCAACUGUUUAA